UGGUCUUCUGCCCUUUCUCUGUGCCCCAGACGCUGGAAGGCUCUUCUGGCCCAGUCCUGUGGCCUCUGCCAUCCUGAGCUCAGCGCUCAGAGCAGAACCAGUGGUCCUUUUUCUCCUGGGGAUGAGGAUGGCGAGCCCCAGGCUGCAUGCCUCUCCUGAUGACGCAGUGAUGGAGGGAGAUCCGCAGACUAAUGGCGAAUGCAGGGCUGGGCCAGGUGCGGGUGACCUCUGACCCCGGAAGCUUAAGCCUCCCCCUAGUCCUUCCCCAAAUCUCCGUGCAGAGCUGUGCUCAGGGACCCAGCUUGACGUCAGAGCCCUCCGUGGCCCUCAAGGGCGGCUACACUUUAUAGGAACAAGUAGGGAAACGGAUGGGAGGUUCCAGAAGUGCCGGGUCCCUGGGAUGGGGAGAGACAUGGGUGUAAAGUGUUGGAAAUAGCAGGGUGCGAAGGAAGCUUGGGCAGUUGGGAACCCGUGUGGAAGGCCAGGGCCAGGAGUCUGGGGCCUUUGUGUUUACGUCUGGCUUUGCCCCAGUGGGAUGGGCCACUUCCGGCAGGGUCUUUUCCAUGUCUGGGUCUCAGUCUCCUCCUCCAUGAAAUGAAAGAGCUUGGCUAGUGAAUUUCUCAGUUUCCUUCCAGUUGUCCAAAAAUCACCCGAGGGCUGAACAGCAAGACAAGGUUGGGGGCCAUGAACCUAAGAACCAUCGGCCUUGGAUUUGGGGGAAGCCCUUUGGGAGUGAGGCCUUCGGAAAGGUCUGGCAUCUUGGUGUCUGGGUGGUAGUUUUUCUGGAAGGGCCCAUGAGCUGGGCACACAGGGUAGAAUAUUCCUGUUAUUGUGCCCCAGCCUCUCCCCUUGGCUUGACCUUCCUCAGUCACCUCCUCUGAGCUGACCUGGGAAUGGGGGCUCUGGGGGCUGAGAUCUGCUAAGGAUGAGGCCUCACCACUGAAUAGGCAUGGGGGUGGUGUUGCUGUUGAAUGGGCAGGGCUGCAGGUGAUGCCAAGGCCAAGGGGCUGCCUGGUCGGGGUAUAGGCUGGUGGGCAAGGCCCUUCAGAGGCAUGGAAACAUCAGCUCUGAUUUCAGGACAAGCAAAGCCACUGUCCCUCACCUCUGGUGCAGCCAAAGCUGCAUUCGCGAGGCCUGUGUUGUUCUUGAAGGGCUUGUCCCUUUGCUCACUGGUCAUAAGGACGGUGGCAAGGCCUCAUGGGCACUGCAAAUGGCCUGUCUCCUAUUGUGCUGCCAUUUCUGAGAGCCAGGAAGGGCCCUCACCUGUUCUCAUGCAGACAUGGCCCCAUGAGUGUGUUUAGACGACCCCCUGAUGUGGCUCUGUACUGGGGUGAAGUGUGGGGUCACCUCCCUUCCACGUGGAUGGGCAGGGCUGGGGAGGUAGCUGGGAAAGCUUCUCCAGGAGUCAGGGCUGCCUGGAAGUGGGAGUUGGUGACUGCGGGAGUGACCUGGGGCUCAGCAGGAUGAGAUCUGGGCCCAGGAGAGCUGGCAGCUCAGGUCUCAGGCCUGUUCCUGUCCCAGGCCAGCAGGACCAUGGAGAGCAUGGCCCCCCCGCCCCCAGCACCCACAGCUCCUGGUCUGAGCGGCUUCUGGCUGGAGGAAGGGGAGAGGGCCCUGGGGCAGAAAGACUGCUGCUGGCCCACUGACUGGCCCCCAGGCCUGGUGAGCCACAUGGCUCGUCUGAAGCUGGUUCUGUUUUGGUCCAGUCAGUGAACGUGGGCUUUGCUGGUGUCUUCGCUCUUCUGGGAAAUUAUUGCUCUACCUGAUAUUCGUGGACGGCUUUCAGACAUCACCAGUUGAAGAUAUACUGAGGGGGUGUAUCAGAGCAGGUGUCUUUCUCUGCGUUUUAUGGGUGAAUGGGGCUGGGUGCAGGUGGUGAGGAGUGGCCCAAACAGGAACCUGCGUGGCUGGUGAGGAAGGCGUCAAGGAGCAGAGCCCAGCUCUCCUGAUGUCAGUGGCCUCCAGGGAGGCCGGUCUGGCUCCAGCCUGGCCCAAGGAGGUGUUAGAUCCGGUUUUGAGCUUGAGAAUCAGGCUGACUUCCUCCCACUGCCCUAGCUUGGGGCGGGGGUGGGUCUGUGUCUUUGCUCUGAGCACCCGCCAAGCCUGUGACGGCUCUGAGCUGAACCCAAGGCGGCCUUCCAACCGGGACCUCAAGGACGCUCCUUUGGCCCCCCGGGGGUCGAUCCCUGCCUGCUGCCCCAGAGUCAGCCCUCCUCUCAGCUCCCUGGGAGGCUGUUCUUUGGGGGUGGAGGUGGGGGAAGCCAGCCACCUGCUUCAGCCUGUCUCAGAACCCAGCCUGCCUCUCUCCCUCCUAACGUUCCGCUCCUGCCCUGCUCAGCCCCUCCGAAUGGAGGAAGUAUUGCCAGUAGUCCCGCCAGAAUCUGUGCUCACUUCAGGCAGGGCUGAUCUCCGGGAAAGCCAGGGGCUUAGGGCUUGAGGUUUUGCCGUGCAGAGUUGCGGGGGGUGGGAAGAGGGUUAAAAAUAGUUGUCUUGAAGUCUCUAGAGGAAGAAGAGGGUGGGCUGAGAAUUCUCCAUCUGUCUGAGGCCAACUCACCCCCUCUCAUUUCAAGGGCAGGGCGUUCAGGUUUGGAACAGCUUGUAAGACUUGCAAUUCGCUCCAGAACCAGCCGGCUGCUAAGUAGCCUCACUAGCCCUGUGGUCUUGGGGUGAUCACUUACCAGAUUUUUAGGCUCCUGAUCAGUGAAAUCAAACCAGUGGGCCUGUAAGGAGGUCCCUUUGAUGCUCAAUCCCAUGGCUCCCACCCACUGCUGCCCUUGUCAUCCCGUCCUAGCCCUUGGGUGGAUCAUUUUGGGACAGCCAGGGACAAAGCUGUCUUCUUGGGAUUAGCCUUGACUUUAAGAGUUUGGCCAGGAGGCCAAAGAACCUUCUAAGAAGGGCUGCCUCGUUCGUGUCACCUGGACCCCUUGUGUGGUGGGGGGGAGAGGGAGGGGCCCACAGACGGCGAGGGAGAGGGUCUCAGGAUUCUGGGGGGAGGUGGGCACUUCCCUCCUAAGUUCCUUUUCAGCGUCAGCCUCUGCAAAGCUGUAUGGAGGCUCAUCCAAGAAGCGAAGGAACGAGGGGCCCUGAGCUGUGAACUUUGACUCUGUAAUAAGAUCAAGAAAAACAUGUGACCCAGGAAGGGGCCCCGGCCCCUGGCCCAGCCCAGGAGCAUUUGGAGGCAGGAUCUAGAACACGGAGGGCUCCUUCUGCCACCACGGCCGCGGGAACUCGGACUCGGACCUGCUCUCCGCUGCCCUUGAGGCACCGCCCACGAAAUGCCCAAGCGUCUGGGCAGAGGACAGCCUGGUGAAAGACGGGGGACUCCCUGGAUGCCCAGAGCGGAAAGCCGUCGUGCCCCAGGGACUUUUUUGGCUGGUGACUCAUCCGUAACUGCAAGUUUCCGCUUCGGGUGGCACAGAAGAUGUUGGCAAUUUGUUGGAGAAUCAUUUCUCUGCUGGAGACGCAAGUAUAGAGGAGAAGGAAAGGGCGCUUCAGGCAGAGGCGGCCCCGCGAGAGACGAACCAGCUCCUUCACCCCCCAGAUGGCGGGGAGGCUGGGAGUUCGGAGAAGACGGCCCCUGGGGGUCCCGCCGCCCACGGCCUGGGCUCCGAUCCCGAAGCCGGCCUCUCCAAUGCCUCAGCCUCGGAGCCCGCGCCCCCAGGGGAACCUGCGGGGCCUGGGGAGGAAGAUGCUGGCCCGCCAGGAGCAGGCGCCCUCCCUCCAGGAGGGGAGGAGGAGCCGGGGGAGGAAGGAAGGCCGGAGCUCAGCUCCGGAGAGGGCUCAGGACAGGAGGCAGAAAAACAGGCUGGGAGCGGCGAGGUCCCCGAGGACGCCCUAGAGGACCGCCCCGCAGAGGGGGCAGCAGCAGGGACCCCAGAGCCUGAAGACGCAGGGGCAUCUCCCAGCACGGAGAUGGAGAGCGGAGGGGAGGGCAGCCCAGGGCCGGAUCAGGAGCCAGAAGUGCCAGAUGGACCCGCGGACGCGGACGCAGAAGCUGGGGACCGGGGGAAGGACCCAGGGGAGCCCAGCCCCAGCCCGGCCUCAGACGUGGGCGCGGAUGUGGGGGGCGCCCAGGAGGACGGCGCCCCUGAGGGGCCGCCGGAGGAGCAACCCGACGCCGCCUCCUCUGAAGAAGAGGGGGGCGAAGACCGCAGCGGCGAGGAGGAAGGAGGAGUUCCAUCCCAAGAAGAAUCCGAAGAGGACAGCGGCGACGGGGCUAGUUCGGAAGAAGCGGACAGCGCCUCGGAAGAGGAGGAGGAGGAGGAGGCGGCGGCGGCGGAGGAAGCCCAGGGAGCAGCGGGAAGCGCGAGCGGCGAGGAGGAAGGGGCCCCGCCGAGCCCCGAAGAGCCGCACGCGGGCCCCGAGGGGGAGGGGACUCAGGAAGAGGCGGAGGAUGUGAGUGAGGAAGCUCCGCUGCGGGACCGCUCCCACAUCGAGAAAACGCUGAUGCUGAAUGAGGACAAGCCAUCCGAUGAUUUCUCUGUGGUGCUGCAGCGGCUUCGGAAGAUCUACCACUCGUCCAUCAAGCCCCUGGAGCAGUCCUACAAAUACAACGAGCUUCGGCAGCACGAGAUCACAGAUGGUGAAAUCACCUCCAAGCCCAUGGUGCUCUUCCUGGGGCCGUGGAGCGUUGGCAAGUCCACCAUGAUAAACUACCUCCUGGGGCUGGAAAACACUCGCUACCAGCUCUAUACAGGCGCCGAGCCCACCACCUCCGAGUUCACGGUGCUCAUGCACGGGCCCAAGCUGAAGACCAUCGAGGGUAUUGUCAUGGCCGCCGACAGCGCCCGGUCCUUCUCGCCCCUUGAGAAGUUUGGCCAGAAUUUCCUGGAGAAGCUGAUUGGCAUCGAGGUUCCCCACAAACUGCUGGAGCGGGUCACGUUUGUGGACACGCCAGGCAUCAUUGAGAACCGCAAGCAGCAGGAAAGAGGUUACCCCUUCAACGACGUGUGCCAGUGGUUCAUCGACCGAGCGGACCUCAUCUUUGUCGUCUUCGACCCCACCAAACUGGACGUGGGUCUGGAGCUGGAGAUGCUCUUCCGCCAGCUGAAGGGGCGCGAGUCCCAGAUCCGGAUCAUCCUGAACAAGGCCGACAACCUGGCCACGCAGAUGCUCAUGCGGGUGUAUGGCGCCCUCUUCUGGAGCCUGGCCCCGCUCAUCAACGUCACGGAGCCCCCGAGGGUUUACGUCAGCUCCUUCUGGCCCUACGACUACAAGCCCGACACCCACCGGGACCUGUUUCUCCGCGAAGAGAUCUCCCUCCUGGAAGACCUGAACCAGGUGAUCGAGAACAGGCUGGAGAACAAGAUCGCCUUCAUCCGCCAGCACGCCAUCCGCGUGCGCAUCCACGCCCUCCUGGUCGACCGCUACCUGCAGACGUACAAGGACAAAAUGACCUUCUUCAGCGACGGGGAGCUGGUCUUCAAGGACAUCGUGGAGGACCCCGACAAGUUCUACAUCUUCAAGACCAUCCUGGCCAAGACCAACGUCAGCAAGUUCGACCUUCCCAACCGCGAGGCCUACAAGGACUUCUUCGGCAUCAACCCCAUCUCGGGCUUCAAGCUCCUGUCCCAGCAGUGCUCCUACAUGGGGGGCUGCUUCCUGGAGAAGAUCGAGCGGGCCAUCACCCAGGACCUCCCCGGCCUCCUGGGAAGCCUGGGGCUGGGGAAGAACCCGGGCGCGCUCAACUGUGACAAGACAGGCUGUGGCGAAGCCCCAAAGAACCGCUACCGGAGACCCUAGGUGGCCACGGAGCCGUUCUCCGGCUCGCGGUGGUGAAUGAGCUUGUGUCCUGCCGGUUGAGAAGUCCUGGUGUAUUAACCCUUUGAGCCACACUGGCGAGAACCGCUGCGCGUUGGAUUCGGGAGUUCCUGGAGGCCAGUGGGGGUGGGGUGGGGGGGGGAGCGUGGGAACUGUGAAUCCCGGCGAGCUGUCUUGUCAUCGCUUCAGUUAGGGGCCUGGUGGAGACGGUCGGGCCGCACCUGCUUUUCCUGGGUCCCGUCUCCAAGGCACAGAGAGCAGCUACACCCUAGUGUAAACUGAGUGAAUGAGCGUCAGUAAGCUAAAAAGAGCCCUUUUCCCUGCUAAGCCGGAGUAAUAAAGACGACUUGAGUCCCGCAGGGCUGCCCGCUGCGUCCAUGCGGCUGCCUUCCUCUUGCUGCCUUCUGUGUGCCCCCAGCCCUUGGCUGCCUCCCGGCUUGGGUUGGCUUGAACCAGAGGCCAUCUCUGGGGCCUGAAUCAAGCUGGGUGCUGAGCGCACCCCCCCCCCCCGCCCUCCUCCUGCUUCUCCAGGGGGCGGGGACGGUUCACUAGGAGCCACGGAAGGCGCUGCCGCCCCCAGGCCAUUCGUUGCUCUGGCGGCAUCUUCUAAGCCAGCUUCCAAGCCAGCCGGCAAGCUCGGGCCCUUGCUCGGUCCCGUGCAUUCAGGUAAUUUACGUCUUGGAAGCCACCACCGUGAAGGUCCUGGCAGGGCUCAGAGGGUUAAUCGGUUUGCAGUGUGUCUUUGUCUAUUGCAUGUCUUGGAUAACUCAGACCCCAAAGGCUUUGGGUUUCAGAAGGGACAGUGGAGAGCUUGCUCCUUGCUGUUGGCACAGUGCCCCGCGGAGACGCUUGGCAGGAGGGUCGCGCCGUCCUGGUUUUCAUCACAUGGCUUUUCCUCCCCCUUCUUCUCCAUUCCCUGAGGCGCCAACACUGAGACUCCGAGGAACCUCCCAGGAGUCAGAACCAGCGCCAGUCCCUCGGUGUCCGCGGCAACCCAGGCCCAAGCUUCAGUUUUCCACCUGAACUUGAUGCCCACUGAUCGCACCGCAGGGGAGCCUGGCCUUCAGUUACCGACGGGGGUGAAUGUGUGUGUAUUACGUUGUCCAAGAGAGAUUAGGGUGAUGACCGAUGGUGGAGGGCGCAGAGCAAGAGCCAGCCAUGCCUGCCCAGUGUGCCCCCUUGGAGGGCACGGAGGGCGAGGGCAGGGACAGAGGGAAGAGCCCAGAGGGGAGAAGCCUUUGGACGGAAAGUGGGCGGGCGAGGAGUCCGGGUGCGUCCAGGAGACCUGGCCAGGCUGCCCAUCUGCCCCGCGGCGAGCAAGCCGGCCCCUCCUGGGAGUGAACUGCCUGGGGGCACUUGAUCUUGAGGACUCCCCGUAUCCCCCACUGGCGCCAGGGAGUCACCUGGACCAGAAGGGGAGGAGGACGAAGGCAGGGCGAGGGGCGCCCUGAGGAUUAGGCUCUGGAAGCAAACUGGAGAUCAGGCGAGAGGUCCACGUGCAGAGCCGCCGGCCCCGAAUCCCGUUUCUCAGGCUUAGUGACACUCCGCACGCUGCAUCACAGGCUGCUGCCUUCUUUGGCUUUUCGGAGCACCCAGAACCUUCCCCGGGAAGACCAGAGGCCUCAGAGCUUCCAGGACAUUGUUUCUAAGCACAGAGGCAGCCCAGGAAGAAAAGUCUGCCAGGGCCUCCACGUCAGCUGGUGACCAGCGCCCGGAAGCUGUUUCCUUCUGUUUCAGAACCAACCUCGGCCUCGCCUCCAUCCUGUGCACCCUGGAGCCUCUGCUCUCCCACUUGGCUCCUCAACCCUGCAGGCCCUCGGCUGCUCUUGGCUUGUCUGUUUUUCCCAGUGCAGAAGAGGAAAGGAAAGCGCAGCCCUGGGCAUCGUCAGCGGUGGGGGUCACCGCUGCUUCGGGGGAGGCGCCUGGCAUGAGACUAACACAUAUUUUUAUGGGGGGGGGACAUCAUCAGCCUUCUUCCCCCCUUCUCUUUUCUCCAUCCAGCUUCCUUUUCUGACUCCUGUUCCUCUCUUCGCUCCCUGACUUCCCUUUUCUUGUCAACCAGCUUGGGCUUUAAGCGCCGUUUGGUGCCCCGCGCUGUGGAGGUGGAUUUUGAGCAGAAUUCUGACUCUGUGGGUGGGGGGAGUGGGGAACUGGGGGAGAUCCAGGUUCCGGAGGUCCCCCCCGGAGGAGUAUCUGUAAAUGUUUGUGCCUGAGCACCUGCUGUUUCUCUCCAAAGCGGAACCUUUCCAGCGCUCUUUCCAUUCUGAGUUCAUCAGGGAGAAAGUUUCAAUAAAGUUCCAGUGUCUCUUUCA